UCUUCACACGCCUUCAGCGCCGGCCUCAAGAUGGCCGCCCUCUGGCGUCUCUGGCGCUGUUGAAUGGAGAAAGCUUUAUUGUUCCCUUCGGGUACGAGUGUUCGUGUCCUCUAUGGCGCUGUCAAUAAAGAACGGCAGUUUGAAUCGGUCCUGAACAGGUCUGUGGCCUGACAGCUGGGUCUUUCUUCUUGACUUCCCUUAGCUCCCUGCCCCCACGAGGGGCUCCGGUAGCAGUGAACUUGUUCUUUUUCCUUCAUCUGCCACUUCUCUUGGGUUCCUCGUCUCCAUGGAUGGCGCCACAGUGUUGCCAGAGGUCUUGCUGCCAGAGUUUUUGGGAUUCUGGGAAUCUGUUAGAGAGACUGUGGAUUUUUAUGAAUGUAGACCUCAGGGCCAGACUGCCUGAGUUUGGAUCCCAGGUCUGCCACAUGCUAGUUGUGUGACCUUAGGGGUGUACAGAAAUCCUCCUCAUCUGUGACACUCUACAUCUGUCUGUUUUGGGUUGCAUGCUGACCCUCACCAAGUGUUUCUGCUGGAAGAGAGGAAGGGGCGUCCUCGGACAGAGCCGAUGUGAUGGAGCUCCCCAACUACAGCCGGCAGCUGCUGCAGCAGCUCUACACGCUGUGCAAGGAGCAGCAGUUCUGCGAUUGCACCAUCUCCAUCGGGACCAUCUACUUCAGGGCCCACAAACUGGUCCUGGCUGCUGCCAGCCUCCUGUUCAAAACCCUGCUGGACAGCACAGACACCAUCUCCAUCGAUGCAUCCGUCGUGAGCCCCGAGGAGUUUGCCCUCUUGCUAGAAAUGAUGUACACCGGCAAGCUGCCUGUGGGCAAGCACAACUUCUCCAAAAUCAUCUCCUUAGCCGACAGCCUACAGAUGUUCGACGUGGCUGUCAGCUGUAAAAACCUUCUGACCAGCCUCGUAAGCUGCUCUGUCCAGGGUCAGGUGGUGAGGGAUGUCUCCACACCAUCCUCAGAGCCAUCCAGCAAGGAGUCAGAGAAGCCCGAAAUGGAAAUCCUUUCCCCCGAGGGUGCUGGAGAGCAUCACACUUCCCCGGAGGUCUCUACUCCUCCAGGGGGCCCCGUGAAAGUGGAGGUGAAGCACGGGGUCCCCACGGCUGGUCAAGAGAUGAGAGUGGAUCCUCCCGCUGCCCAGGAGGUUCAGGGGGACACAGACACCCCAGUGUCUCACUCAGCUGAAGUUUGUCCCUCCCGCCCUGUUGUACAAACCUUUAUUGAGGCAAAGGAAGCAAGCACAGAACAAGAGUAUGAGGGGAAACAUUACCAGCUGAAUUUUCUUCUAGAAAAUGAAAAAAUCUUUUCAGAUGCACUCUUGAUUACCCAGGAUGUUUUAAAAAGACUGGAAGAGUGUUCAGAAAUUAAAGAUGUGCAGAAGCAGACCAUAAUGGGAUGCCUUGAGGGUGAAGGACAAUCAGCAUUUCAGAGAAUCCUGGAUAAAGUAAGAAGUGAGAGCCUGGAUGUUCAGACCGUUGUGUCCCUGUUGCGGCUGUACCAGGAUUCCAGUCCUGCAGUCAGGACAGCACUGUCAGACGGAAAGCCGGAGGCUGUGGAAGCAGAGCCGCGGAAAGCUCUUUCUCCCCCAGGGAGCACAGAGGAGGGAAAGACCUUGUCUGUUCUGUUACUGGAACACAAAGAGGACCUGAUCCGGUGUGUAACACAGCUGAGACCCAUUUUGGAGUUCCUGGAAACAGCGGAGGAGGAAUUCCUGCCUGGCUCUGAGAAAAGGGUGAUUCUGAAUUGCUGUGAGGGCAGCACACCCAAGGAGACAAUAGAAAAUUUGCUGCACAGAAUGUCUGAAGAGAAGACCCUGAGUGCUGAGAGUUUGGUAAAACUGCUGCAGGCUGUGAAGAUGACGUUCCCAGACUUGGGCCUUCUGCUGGAGAAUUUGCAGAAAUUAGCCGCUUUGCCGAGCACCACAGCUCAAGCAAAUCCUGAUGACUAUGGGAUUGAACUAUUGAGAAGGUAUCAUGAAAACCUCUCUGAGAUUUUCACAGACAACCAGAUGUUACUAAGAAUGAUCCCACAUGUGAAGAGUGUAGUCCCUGGAGAAAAAGAGGUCAUGGAGAAGCUCGUGAGACGUGAUGCUGGUUCCGGCGGUUUCAGUGCUCUGAUGUCAGCAGUUCUAGAAAAGCACACACUGUCUGCAGCGGCCAUCUGGCAACUGCUCCUGGUGGCUCAGGAGACAAAGACCUGCCCACUGAAUCUGCUCAUGGAGGAAGUACGAAGGGAGCCCAGCGCUAACGCUUUCUUCCGGGCAGUGAUGACCCCAGAAAGUGCUGCCUUCGAGACCAUCCUGAGGCAUCACAGCUCGAUCCUAGAGGCCAUCCAGCAAACGGCUCAGCUCAAGUGCCUGGCCUCAGAGGAAGAGCAGUUGGCAGAGACCGUGAGAGAGAUUCUGAGCAGCUCCUCUGAGACAGCCAGCCCCGAAGCUUCCCUGGGAGCACUGCUGAGCAGAGCCGCGGAAAAAUCCAUCUCAGCCACUGAAAUAUGUCAGCUCCUGUGCAGCGUCCACAGAUCCUCCCCAGGCCUGCAGCCCGUCAUGCAGGAGUUAGCGUGCACUGGUUUCCUUACUCAGGAAAAGGGAGAGAAGGAAAGGUGGACAGUGAGUGGUAAAUUUCACUCUGAAGGCAAGGACAAAGCAGGUGAAAAGCCAGCCGGCGAAGACCGCCAGCCUGGAAACCAGGACGGUCAAGGAGAGACGGCUGCCUUGCCCGAGCAGCAGGAGAAAGACCCGUCUGCCUCCCCAGACUCUGCCAAGAAGAGCUUCGUCUGUAACGCUUGCGACAAGAGCUUCCACUUCUACUGCCGCCUCAAGGUGCACAUGAAGCGCUGCCGGGUGGCCAAGAGCAAGCAGGUGCAGUGCAAGGAGUGUAACGAGGCCAAGGACUCCAAGAAGGAGCUGGAGAGGCAUCAGCUGGAGGCCCACGGCGCGGCUGCAGAGCCCAGCGUCCCCAAGAAGAAGAAGAAGAGGCUCCCGGUGACCUGUGACCUCUGCGGACGAGAAUUUGCUCAUGCCUCAGGCAUGCAGUACCACAAAUUGACGGAGCAUUUUGAUGAGAAGCCAUUCUCCUGUGAAGAAUGUGGGGCAAAGUUUGCGGCCAAUUCUACCCUGAAGAACCACCUUCGCCUUCACACGGGGGACCGGCCGUUCAUGUGCAAGCACUGCCUGAUGACCUUCACCCAGGCCUCUGCCCUGGCCUACCACACCAAGAAGAAGCACUCAGAAGGGAAGAUGUAUGCCUGCCAGUACUGUGACGCUGUGUUUGCCCAGUCCAUCGAGCUGUCCCGUCAUGUGAGGACACACACCGGCGACAAGCCAUAUGUCUGCAGAGACUGCGGCAAGGGCUUCCGGCAGGCCAAUGGGCUCUCCAUCCACCUGCACACCUUUCACAACAUCAAAGACCCAUACGACUGCAAGAAGUGCAGGAUGAGCUUCCCCACCCUGCAGGACCACCGCAAGCACAUCCACGAGGUGCACUCCAAGGAGUACCACCCCUGCCCGACGUGCGGCAAGAUCUUCAGCGCUCCGUCCAUGCUGGAGCGGCACAUGGUGACCCACGUCGGGGGGAAGCCCUUCAGCUGCGGGAUCUGCAACAAGGCCUACCAGCAACUGUCCGGCUUGUGGUACCACAAUCGGACCCACCACCCAGACGUGUUUGCUGCUCAGAACCAUCGAUCUUCCAAGUUCUCGUCCCUCCAGUGCAGCUCCUGUGACAAGACCUUCUCCAACACCCUUGAACACAAGAAGCACAUCAAAACGGAGCAUGCAGACAUGAAGUUCCACGAGUGUGACCACUGCAAGGAGCUCUUCCCCACGCCAGCCCUGCUGCAGGUUCACAUCAAGUGCCAGCACUCAGGGUCGCAGCCCUUCCGCUGCCUGUACUGUGCGGCCACCUUCCGCUUCCCGGGGGCCCUUCAGCACCAUGUCACCACCGAGCACUUCAAGCAGUCGGAGAGUACCUUCCCCUGUGAGCUCUGCGGGGAGCUCUUCACCUCCCAGGCCCAGCUGGACUGUCACCUGGAGUCUGAACACCCGAAGGUGCUGGGCGCUGAAACCCAGUCGCAGAUGGUGCAGGUGAUCCAGACCCCAGAGCCAGUGGCCCCGACGGAGCAGGUGAUCACGUUGGAGGAGACCCAGCUUGCUGGCUCACAGGUGUUCGUGACGUUGCCGGAUUCCCAGACAGCCCAGACCAGCUCUGAGCUCGUGGCCGUGACCGUGGAGGACUUGCUGGAUGGGACCGUGACCCUGAUCUGUGGGGAGGCCAAAUGAGUGGCUCCUCGUGGCGGGGGGGUCCUGCGUGUGCAGUGGAGGAAAAGCUCCCCACUUGCCUGUUGCCCUUCCUCCCUGGCACAGUAUUGAGCAUCUUAGCUUCGCACCAACCUAAGUGGUCUCCUUGGGAAAGGGGCAGAAGCAUGGCUGUUCUCAUAAAACCAGCAUCUGAGUCAUUGGCAGCCAACACGACCGCCCCCCCGUGACCAGCAGGCCUGUUCCCCACAGGCCUCCUGUGGCAGCCUCUGUGACCCUGUCCACCCCAAGCGGAGUGUGGCUUCUGAAACAGCCUGAAGGAGCAGUGGGGUAAGGGCCGGUGACCAGAGGGACAGGUGUGGCGUGCCGGCAGCCCUCAGUGUGCGGAGUGGCAGCUCCAGGCGGGGCCGUGGUCUGCGGAGUGGGCCAGCACACGCUGCCAGUGCCUUCUGGCCGCUGAGAAGGGGGAGAGCCGCACUGUCAGACCGUGCGGGGAUCCCUUUCCUCGAGUCUGGCGUCCUCCCAGCCCCCUCACGGCGGCAGUAGGACCAGCAGAGCAUGCCCAUCAGGAAGGCCUCGUUUCCAGGCCGAGGCCCACCCUGUCGGUUCCGUCGGCCCUCCCCACGGCCGUGGGGGUGUCCGCUGUGAGGCCACGUAGCUGCAAACCAUGCCUGCCCUCCCGGAAACUCCUCGUGGUGUUUUGCACCGGAGGCUGGUUCCCACGGUGUUUCCGGGGUGUCCUUAUCCCCUUUCCUUAAUCAAAGCCUCACCUUCCACCCAGCCUGGAGGCCUUGGCCCCGCCCCCUGGUGCACGUGGGCCCAGGGGGCGUGGUGCCCGCAGCCCCCGACUCCUCCCCCUGCCCCGUCUUCCCUGCCGCCUGUGUCGCCUCACUGGCAGCGCCCUUCCCGGCCGCCACGGGGAGUGCUGGCCAGCAGGCCUCUGAGGUCUGAACUUCACAAAGCUUUUUUUUUGUCUUCAGUUCCCAAAAUAUAAUCUGAUAAUUAAUGGUUUAUGGAAUCCAUUAUGAAGUGCAAUUAGAUGGAUAUAGGUUCCCGCCGUUCGGAGGGAAUGGCUAGCAUUUAUCUUCCUUUCCUUGAUGCCAGAAGGUUGAUGUCUGCGAGGGCAGCGUGUCCACGCCCAGCACGGCUCCCUGCCAGCUUGUGCAGCUAAGCCCCUGUCUGAUCCCUCACCCUCACGAUACAGGCCGCCUGAAGACAAGGCCACCCCUCCUCUCUAAGCACAUUUCACAUCACCAGGCACCAGCAGGGGAGGGGGUCGAUUCGAGUCACUGAGGUCGGUCCUUUUAUCGCCAUCACACUUUGCCGAACGGGCCACAGGAUGGCCCUUACCACCAGCCUGCUCUCUGCAGGCAGCUCUGCAGCUCGCUCCCACCUCCAGCCGCGUGCUCAUUUUCUGUGCAAAUCGCUUGAGCUUGUCAGUUCAGGGAUCUUCCCAUUAGGAAGUAAAUGAAGUUUUCAAAGGCCAAUGACUGACCAGAAGAUGGUGCUCAAACCUUUAAGACUUGGCCUCCCUGUGAGGCCCUCGCUGCUUCUGCCAGGGCUGUCUGUAUCCUCUUAAGGUUUCUCAGCCCCGUGAGCUGUCAGACCAGGACUGCUCUUGAUCAGCAAAUGACGAGAUGACACCCGAAGCUCCACUUGGCACCAGAUAAAACCCCACUGAAAGGACGGAGCUGUCCAGCCCGCAGGGUGUGGAGGCCAAGCCCGGCAGAUAAGAAGGCAGGGGUACUUCGGAAUCGCAGCGUCAUCAAAACUUCUUCCAGCCAAAAAAGGAAAAAUUUUAAAAAUUAAUGACUGAGGACCUGUAGGGGAAAGUGAUUUUUUUUUUUUUUUCUUUUUAAAAAAGUCUUCUGAAUAAAGAAAGCUGUAAACUUUCACCCCAACUUUCCGAUCCUUUUCAAGUACCGAGACACCCUGUUCUCAGGUUUCGGACAGAGACCCGGAUGGAGGCAGGAGGCUCCUUCGCCUCAGAGUGGCCGGACCCGCAGCUCGCUUUGCCGAGAGCGGGCGGGGAAGCGGGGCUUGCGGCCCGCUGCUCUCUGAGCCCCGGCACAGGCAGCGGGAGCACGAGGCCUGUGUGGGUUCUGGUCGGCGCGAGGGGAAGGUCCACCCUGAGUCUCGUUUCUGCUCCAAGUGGACCUCUGCGAGAUGCCGCAUCAACGGUGAUUUUUACACCAUUGCUCCCUGGCGAUCCCCAAGCGUGGAUUCCAUUGUAGGAAGACUUUUCUAGUUCCGUCUGCCCAAGAGACUCUGAACUGCUGCCAGGGAGGACGCUGUUCCCCAAGUUGCUUUGUCCACAUCACUGGCUGGCAUGUGCACUCGUGGCCUUUGCUGCCGUGUCGCUGCCCCGACCGUCUCGGGGCUGAACCUUGGGGCACUGGCCAUGGUACCCGAGAGUCUGUGGGCUUUCUUGGAACACUUGGAUUUAUUCGUGAGACCCCCGCCCACCCCACCCCCCCAACUCCCUUCUCUGAUGCCAGAGCUCGUGAAACGCCUGGUGAGGAGGAAAGGGCAGGCAAAUUCCAGGCUGGAGUCUGAUUCCAUGGGAACAGUGGGGGAUCUGUGAUGGAAAAGCAUUUGCUCAUCACAGAUGAGUGAGGCAGAUAGACACUCAGGAGCAAGGACUGCCCUGGGAAGAUGGGCCUGGGCAAAUAUGUGAACAGAGGCUGAAAGGGAGUGGACAGAGACAGCGGUCUGUACUUGUUUAUUUUAUAAGGCCUCUCUCUUCCGUCUCAGAAGCUGUAUGUUUGGGAAGCGCUGAGCCCAGGAAGUACCACAAUCUCUGGUGUGAAAGCAGGGUUCCGCUGGUGGUUCAAGUCAUCUCUGAGGAAGCUGUCUGACUCCCCCGCCCCCCCCAUCAACCACGGAGUGUUCUUCAGCUUCAUCCCCCGGAAAGAGCCCUGAGAGUCGCGGGCUGAGGGCAAAGGAGACCCAGUCAGACAACGGCACACAGGGAGACGAGGAGCCCGUUCUCUGCCCCUGGUGUAACUUGCACCAAGGAGAGAGAUGGGACGGGCCCAGAGCUUCUCUAUCCCAGGUGACGCUGCAGCCACCAUAGGCUAACUACGUAUUAGUAUUGGGGGGGCCGGGUGUGGUGUUUAUAUCUCACGUCCCUGAGAUCUACGAAUGGGCCAAGGGUUGGAGGAUCUGCCAGCCUUACACAGAGUGGUUCCAGGAGACAAGCGGUAUCUCUGAAAUUGGGGUAGAUAGUUGGGCAGCGGUGGAGAAAAUCCGGGGGUGCUUUUGUCAGAGGAGGGCUUGAGCAGCCUCUGCCCAGCUCUACUGGGCCCAGCGUGUUCCCGGGUUCUGGGGAGUCAGGGAGAAAGUGGGCACGAAAGAAUGAUCUGGGGUCUUGUGGCCAUGGACAGCCUCGGGGCUGGUAGGACUUGGGCCCAAAGCUCAGCAGCACAGCCAGAAAGAAGUCAGAAAGCUGCUCCCCUCAGACUCGGCCUGGGGGGGAGGGAGAGGACGUUGUGCUUUGGGGAUGACAUUGUUGGAAAAAAGAAAAAAAAAAAUAUCCCCUGGGCUAAUUUAGAUUUCUUCCCAAUCGGAAAGUGUUUGAUCACGUCCCUUACAAAGGCCAGCCACAGUGGCUACCACCCGUGGUGAGGGCAGCUAGCCAGCACAGGAUGCUGUUGAAACUGGAUUACAGACCAUUAAUUCGCAUUCAACUUGAACUACUCUAUAUAAAUAAAAUACGUACUUUGGAAAGAA